UAUUUUUUUUUGGCUGCUCCCGCUGCUGUUGUCGCUUCCGCCACAACCACACAACUCAUCGUUUGCCGAACAAGAAGCGAGACGACACACAACAAACACACACACACUCCCUCCGCCUGCCUUGCUGCUCUCCCUUGAGGCUGCCUCGUAUCGUAUCACAGACAGCAGCAGCCAACAGCCGUUUCCCACCGCUCUCGCUGCUGUUUGUUUUUGGACACGCAGCGUUUCGUGUGGCUCGGUGCAACAGCCACAUUGCCCGUAUCAACCAACCAACCAAGCAAGACACCUGCACAACUUUUUUUGUUUGUUUUGUGGCGGGCCCGGUGACCAGCCAGCAACUUGCAACAGCUCACUCCACACGAGACGACAUCACAUUCAUCGUUGACUGUUCUCGCUGUUAGCACAGAGAUCCCGAUAGCUGUUCACCUUUGAGUGGUGUCUGAUCAACCGUAUCAUUGAAACAUCAGCAUGGCAUCUGAGAAGAAGAAGUUCCGCUUGUUUGGCAGCACAAGCAAGGCCCGCGAUGACCGGCCUCCUGUCCGCAAGGUGGACAUCUCCGCGCCACUUGACUUUGUGCACGAGGUGCACGUUGGUUUUGAUCCCGAAACCGGCGAGUUCUCCGGCUUGCCGCCACAAUGGAGCGCGCUGCUGCAAGUCUCCGGUAUCACAAAGAAGGAGAUCGCCAAGAACCCGCAAGCGAUGGUUGAUGUGCUUGGCUUCUACACAGAGGACGUGCAGGGCACGGCUGAUGGCGAGGGCGUCAAGUUUAUGGUCGACACAGACAAGAAGAGCGGCAAGAGCGGGAAGCAGGGCGUGAAGAUGGCUGCCCCUGCAGCGAAGCAACCGCAGCCACAGUCUGCACCGGCCAAGGAGGCGCCACAGCCCCCACCCGUGGUCGAGAGGCCAGCGUUUACAAAGUCGGAGAAGACAAAGCCCAUUUCCAAGCCCGCGCCUGUUGCAGCACCAAGACAACCGGCAGCCAAGGCGGCGCCGUCAUCAUCAGCACCGACAACAACAGCGGCAGAGACAAAGCCGAGCGCCGGGCAGCAGAAGGUGCAGAAGAGGGACAAGGGCAAGAAGAAGAUGUCAGACGAGGAAGUGCUUGCGCGGUUACGGGAGGUGGUCAACCCUGCAGCACCAAAGGACCGCUACAAAGACCUCAAGAAGAUUGGACAGGGUGCCUCUGGCUCCGUGUUCACGGCGACGGAUGUUCAGACGGGCAAGGUUGUUGCCAUCAAGUCCAUGAACCUCUCUCAGCAGCCGAAGAAGGAGCUGAUUAUCAACGAAAUUAUUGUGAUGCGGGAGUACAACCAGGAGAACAUUGUCAACUUCCUCGACAGCUACCUCGUCAGCAACGAUGAGCUCUGGGUUGUGAUGGAGUUCCUUGCUGGUGGCUCGCUGACAGACGUUGUGACGGAGACUAUCCUCAACGAGGGCCAGAUUGCCGCCAUCUGCAAAGAGUGCCUGAAGGCGUUGGAGUAUCUGCAUGCGCGAUCAGUGAUCCACCGCGACAUCAAGAGCGACAACAUUCUCCUCGGCAUGGACGGCUCCGUCAAGCUCACGGACUUUGGAUUCUGUGCACAACUUGCCAGCGAACACUCAAAGCGAUCAACCAUGGUGGGAACUCCCUAUUGGAUGGCGCCUGAGGUUGUCACGCGCAAGCAGUACGGCCCCAAGGUCGACAUCUGGAGCCUGGGCAUCAUGGCCAUUGAGAUGAUUGAGGGCGAGCCCCCAUACCUCAACGAGAACCCGCUUCGCGCGCUGUAUCUGAUUGCCACAAACGGCACGCCAGAGCUGCAGAACCCUGAGCAGCUGUCGGACGUGUUCAAGGACUUUCUUGCAAAGUGCCUGGAGAUGUCUGUUGACAAGCGGUCAACAGCAUCGGAGCUGCUGCAGCACGACUUUCUCAAGAAGGCCGCACCGUUGCCCAGCCUCGUCCCGCUCAUCAAGGCAGCAAAGCAGGCCAUCGCCAACCAAUAAUCCAACUCGCGCGGUCCACAGAUGCACACGUGUACGCCUGCAUUGCUUGCUUGCUUGCUUGCCCUCUUUCCAAUCGACAAAGACACACGUGCGCGCAUGAGUACGUGACACCACUUGGCCAUAAGCAUCGCUUCGUUUUUCAUUGCUUUGUUCGUCCACCAACAGCAUCUUGUGUGCCUUGCCACCCCCUUGCCGUUGUGCUUGGCCGUCCUUGACCACACUUCACUUGGCUGUCACUUGUCUGACACGCACAGACAACGAGUGCGGUGGUAGCAUUGCAGCGUGUGUGUGUGUAUCUUGAGCUCUACGUGUCUCUCCCUUGCUUUCAUUUCUUUCCUGCCGCCGUUGUGCGUGCUUGUUGUUUGUGUGUUGUCGAGUUUCACCCACGUUAUGUCUUUGAUUGAGCAGAUUGGCUGACUCCCCUGUCCCUCCUCCUGCCUGUGCAUUGAUCUGUCCCCUUCGCUCUUCCACACACCUUCCCCCCCCCCCUUCCAUAUGCAUGCUAGUGCCACACACUUCCACUUCUCCGCUCCGUUCUGCUUCCUCUUGUUGUCUGUUGUUGCCCAAAGCAAUCGUACGCCCGCAUCACCAAUUACAGUCUUGUCUGUCAGCCAAGUGUGUUGAAACCAAUGAAUGACAACCGCGGACA